UAUUGCCAAAUCUCUGCCGACUUAACUGAAGUAACUGAAAAAAAUGGAGAGGAGUUGGUUAGACGCGUUAAAUUAGCUUUGAAAGAGGAUUUAUGGUAUAGAGAAAAACUGAAGCCAUGUCGUUCAGCUCACGGAACCCUAAAAUGGACUACAAGAGCAGAGCCAGCCAGUCAUCUGUGGAGACGCUCAAGGAAGCGCAGGAAAAGUUAAGAGAGGAGCGUGAGGCAAAACGUGACCAGCUGGAUGGAAGACAUGACUACAUCCUCGGCAUCGUGGCCUUAUGCCUGGGUCUGGAGGAAUCAGAAGUCCAAGAUGCCAUUCUGGAAGGAAAUCAGCUUGAUCGUAUGGAGCAAUUUUUUUUGGAAAACGGUCUCCCACACCUCAUGCUGUUUUAUCAGGAAACUGAAUCUACAAAAGGAGCUGCAGCCGCACUACCCACCCAGCUUGAUUCCCACCGGCACAAUCACACAAAGAAAGUGUUUGUAACUGAUGGAAAGGAUGUGGCAUUGACCGGCAUUUGCAUCUUCUUCACCAGAGCAAAAACUUUGAGAGCAAUAACCUCUGCGAACAUACACAGUGAGGUGAGCUUCAAUAUGUUGGACGCCACAGAAGGUGGGCUUUUAAAAAGUGUGGAGCAGUUGUUCUCAGACGUCUUCAUCCCCGCACUAAGGGAAACAAACCAUGGUUGGGGUGAAUUGGCCAGUCCCCAGGCUCAGGGUGUAAAACAGGAGUUUAUAUCUUCACUUGAAAGAUUUGUCUCUGUUUUGACGGGUGCACAGGAGAGCCUACAAGAACUGGUUACUUUGAAGCAAUGUGACGCGCUUGACCUGGAGUUGUUGAAAUCACCUGCGGAUUACAAAGCAGCAGCCAACAACAAAGACACUACUAAAAAGAUAGAAGCCUGCAUGAAAGUUUGGAUCAAACAAAUAGAACAGGUUCUUGCCGAAACUAAACUGCUGAGAAAAGUGACUGAUGACCUCGGGCCCAGGGACGAACUGAACUACUGGAAGAAAAGGAUGUCUAGCAUUAACUAUCUUUUGGACCAGCUGAAAACUCCACAAUUCAGCUCAGUACUAGGUGUCCUUCUGCUGGCAAAAUCUAAACUCGUCAAGCCAUGGCAGGAACUGGACAGAAGGCUUACUGAUGCUGUUAAUAAGGCUAAAGACAACAUUAAUUAUCUCUAUUGCUUAGAGAAGUUUUAUGACCCACUCUACAACAGUGAUCCUGUAUCAAUGGUGGAGGCAAUCCCUGGUUUGAUGAAUGCCAUCAAGUCAGUGUACAAUAUUUCUCCCCAUUACAACACAUCUGAAAACAUAAUGACUCUGCUUGUCAAGGUCACCAAUCAGAUGAUCACUUCUUGCAAAGCCUACAUCACAAAUAAUGGUUCAAAUUCAAUCUGGGACCAACCUCAGCAGGAGGUUAUUGAUAAAAUCAAAGCUACAAUUCGACUAAAUCAGGAAUAUCAGCUGUGUUUUCAUAAGACCAAGGAGGAGCAGGAACAAACUCCCUCUAUGAGAAAGUUUGACAUCUGUGAGGUGUACAUCUUUGGGAAGUUUGAUUUAUUCCAGCAGCGCUUAAACAAGAUCCUGGAGAUGUUUAAGACCAUCUCCACCUACUCUGUACUGCAGGACUUUAAGAGUCAAGGGCUUAUUACCAUAUCCACAAGAUUUCAAACUGCAGAUAUACAGGCAAAAUGGGAGGCUACAGUUAAGACUGUAAAGGAAAAGAACUACAGUUUCCUCGACUACAGGAUGACUGACUUUGAUGUUGAUUAUGAGACAUUCUGUGAAAGCACAUCCUUUCUUCAUAAUCAACUGAAGAAGUUCAUGGGGGAUACAUUAGCAGAGAUUAAGAACACAAAAAGAGCUUUAAAUGAGCUGGAAAAAUUCGAAAGACUUGGCAUCCCUAAUCUUGGGAUUGAUGAAAAGUAUCAGCAGAUCUUGCAGAAUUACGGUCGGGAUCUUGAAACGGUUUCCAAUACCUAUGCUAAGCAAAAACUGGACCCUCCCAUUGCCCAGGAAAGUUCUCCAGUGGCAGGUCGGAUCAUGUGGGCUCGGCAUCUGUACAGCAAAAUUCAGGAUCCCAUGGAUAUCUUCAAAAAGCAUGAAGACAUUCUUUCCACAGUCGAGGCUAAAGUGAUUAUCAGGAAAUUUAACAGAGUAGCCAGGAUCCUGUUGGAGUAUGAAAUGCUGCAUCAUCAAAGCUGGAUGACGAAGAUGGAGAAUACCAAGGUGUGCCUAGAGACCCCCCUCUUACUUUGGUCUUCUGGAAAGCUGGCUGUGAACUUCAGACCAGAGAUACAUGAACAGAUCAGAGAGACUGACUUCAUGAAGCGUAUGAAUCUGGAGAUCCCUCCUUUUGCUGCUUUCUUGCAGAACACGUGGAACACACUGAAGAUGAACUGUGAUAAAUUACAGUUUAGGCUGAGUGAAAACACCAGAGUAAGAGCCAAGAUUCAAACUGUAUUUGAGAAACUGCUCAGGCCACAUGUUGCUAAGGUAAACAAGGCUAUCCAGCCUGGUUUGACUUCCCUGACCUGGAUAUUUUUGAGUAUAGACAAGUAUCUAAGCGGCAUUGAUAAAGCAUUGGGAGAUUUGGAGCUAUUAAUAGACAGAGUGAACGAUUUGGUGGAGUUUAGAAUAGAUGCUGUACUGCAGGAGAUGAGUUUAACCACACUGUGUGUUCUGCCAGAGGAACAACCGGUCAGCUGUGAGGAAUUUUUUAAAGCCACCAGGGACUUGUGCAUAAAACAAGCUCAGAAUCUACACCUAAAGAGCACACUGGUGGAGGAGGCUACAAAUGAACUGAUCAACAUGCUGACCGAGUUUGACCAUGGUCAGCAAGACAAGGGGAAAGAUGCAGAAGACAGCUGUAGUGAGAGCAAGACCAAACAACCCUUUCUACUUGAAGGUGAUGAGGGAUACAGCUCUGAAAGACAUCUAAGCUCCAGGAACACAUUUGUACCCCCUGCUGUAUCAGGUCCUUCCUCUCCUUUAGUGAGAGAGAGAAAGAAAAAAGAUUCAAUGGAAGAAAUGGAAGAGGAUGCCCAGGAACUGCUUUCCUACUUCAACCAACGCAAUGUUGACGCUUUGCUCAAUGCUAUACGCAAAACUCUGGAGAUGCUACACAAGCGCAUAAAUACACCUUCACUUAUGCAUUUCUUGGGUGAGAGUGAGGGACCCAGCCAUGGGAAGCACAGAUAUCAGCAGGCUAUCUUUAAAGCCGAUCUGAACCUUUCUAUACCUAACAUUGUCAUGAUGCCAACUCUGGAGGAGGUCCAGAGGGCUUUAGACAAGGUUGUUGCAUGUGUGGUCAGUGUAAGCAAAGGAGUAGGUGAAUGGAGCAAAGAAAGGAUUACUAAGAGAGAAAUAAAAGAGAACCGAACGGCGGCCCUUAAACAAGACGGCUCAGAGAAUGAAUCAGACAAUGGAGCAACAACACCAACACACAGAAGUAUGACAGAUGGUACCAGCUCAGAAAUGUCACUGUUUGUGAGUCAAGCCAUUCCUAUCCAAGAAAGAAAUUACUACAAGACUAUAUCUGCGAAUGACGAGAUAGUCAAGCUAAAAUCUGUUCUCAGUACCUCCAUCAAAUCUACCAAGAAGGAAGUGGAAAACGCUCUUAACCGCUUCAGCUGUUACCAUUACAUCUGGAGAAAGGAUCGUGAGGACACCAUUCAAAGAUUUAUCCAGGGGAGCCCUUUGCUAUCAGAGUUUGAGAGCCAGAUCCUUUUUUAUCGUGAUCUUGAACUCAAAAUAAACUCUGAACCAGAGUACAUCACUGUUAAAGCCUUAGCUUUAUUUACAGAAUUGCUGAAGAUAUCCUUCACAGUUGAAACUAAGAACUGGAUGGUGGACUAUGGGCUGUUUUGUAAAAGGAAAUAUCGCUCAGACAUGGAGCAGAUCUUUGCUUUCGUUGAUGAAGCAGGAAAGAAACUGAAUCGAAAGGUCAAAGACCUAGACGAUGUUCGCAUUGCUAUGGCUACCCUCAAAGAAAUUAGAGAGCAUCAGAUUGACAUUGAUUUUCAAAUUGGACCAAUUGAGGAGUCCUAUGCAAUGCUUCAAAAAUACGGACUGUCAGUGGCCAAGGAAGAGGUUGACAAGGUUGAUGCUCUACGCUACACCUGGGAAAAGCUCUUAUCCAGAACUACUGAGGUGCAGAAUGAGUUGGAUGCCUUGCAGCCACACUUCCAGCAAGAACUUAUUUGCAAUGUAAAGACCUUUCAAGAUGACUGUGAUCAAUUCUACCAGGAAUAUGAAAAGGAUGGGCCCAUGGUGAAGGAAUUGGCUCCUCAGGAGGCCAGUGAUCGACUAAUUAUGUUCCAGAAUCGGUUUGACAACCUUUACAGGAAGUACAUAACUUACAGUGGAGGACAGGAGCUCUUUGGAAUUCCGGUUACACAGCACCAUCAGUUGCUAAAGAUUAAAAAUCAGCUGGUCCUGCUGCAGAAGUUGUAUGGCCUUUACAACAAUGUCAUCGAAAGAGUCAAUGGAUACAACGACAUACUCUGGGCUGACAUCAACAUUGAGAGGAUUAAUAAUGAGCUGCUCGACUUUCAAUCAAGAUGCCGCAAGCUGCCUCAUGCUCUAAAGGAAUGGCAAGCUUUCCAGGAUCUGAAGAAAACUAUUGACGACUUUAAUGAGUGCUGCCCCCUGCUAGAGCUCAUGACUAACAAAGCCAUGAUGACACGCCACUGGAAGAGAAUCACAGAGGUGACUGGCCAUACAUUUGAGAUUGAAACUGACACAUUCAAGCUUCGUAACAUAAUGGAGGCGUCUCUGCUGAAGUUUAAGGAGGAAGUUGAGGACAUCUGUAUCAGUGCUGUGAAAGAGCGAGAUAUUGAGCAGAAACUGAAGCAAGUGAUCGCUGAGUGGGACAUCAAAACCUUUACAUUUGCCAACUUCAAGACACGGGGAGAGCUGCUUCUGCGAGGAGACAGCACAGCAGAAAUCAUAUCUAGCUUGGAUGACAGUUUGAUGAUUUUGGGGUCUCUCAUGAGCAAUCGGUACAACACCCCAUUUAAAGCUCAGAUCCAGAAAUGGGUUCAGAACCUUUCUAACACCACUGAUAUCAUUGAACAGUGGAUGAAUGUCCAGAAUCUAUGGAUCUAUCUGGAAGCUGUGUUUGUAGGGGGAGACAUUGCUAAACAGCUGCCCAAGGAAGCAAAGCGUUUCUCAACUAUUGAUAAGUCCUGGGUGAAGAUCAUGAUGCGAGCUCACGAAAUGCCCAAUGUUGUGCAAUCGUGUGUGGGAGAUGAGACGAUGGGCCAGCUGCUUCCUCACCUGCUGGAGCAGCUGGAGAUCUGCCAGAAGUCACUUACAGGUUAUUUGGAGAAGAAGCGACUGCUUUUCCCACGUUUUUUCUUCAUCUCUGACCCUGCCUUGCUGGAAAUUCUGGGCCAGGCCUCUGACUCCCACACUAUCCAGGCACACCUUCUCAAUGUCUUUGACAACAUCAAAACCGUACAAUUCCAUGAUAAGAUAUAUGAUCGAAUUCUUGCUGUCUCAUCACGUGAGGGGGAAACAGUAGAGCUGGAGCAUCCUGUCACAGCGGAGGGAAAUGUUGAAGUAUGGUUGAACGCUCUGCUGAAAGAAUCCCAGGGGUCAUUGCACCGAGUGAUUCGACAGGCUUUUCAGGCCAUCCAGGAAUCUGACUUCCAGCUUACUGAGUUCCUCAAUUUUUUCCCUGCUCAGGUGGGGCUGCUGGGUAUCCAGAUGAUAUGGACAAGAGACUCUGAGAAGGCUCUUAUCAAGGCCGCAUCUGAUCCCAAAGUUAUGUCAAAAACCAACUCUUUUUUCCUUGAGUUGCUGAAUAAACUAAUUGAAACAACAACGAAAGAUCUGGAAGCUGUAGCGAGGACCAAAUAUGAGACCCUGAUAACUAUCCAUGUCCACCAAAGGGAUAUAUUUGAUCAGCUGUGCCGGUCACAUAUCAAAAGCCCCACUGAUUUUGACUGGCUGAAGCAGUGUCGUUUCUACUUCAUUGAGAAGUCAGACCUGAUGUCCAUAAGCAUCACUGACAUAAGCUUUAUUUACCAGAAUGAGUUCCUGGGCUGCACAGAAAGGCUUGUCAUUACUCCUUUGACUGACAGGUGUUACAUCACCUUAGCUCAGGCUCUUGGUAUGAACAUGGGUGGAGCUCCUGCUGGUCCUGCAGGCACAGGUAAGUCAAAGAUUUUGUUGUUGUUGUUUAGUUAA